GAUGGCGGGCGCCUCCGACCCCCUGGAAGAUAUGCUCUUUUCAGAGGUGGAUGAAAAAGCGGUGAGCGACCUGGUGGGCUCGUUGGAGUCACAGCUUGCUGGCCAAAGCAACCCAGCAGGUAAAACAGACGAAAACGGAGGCUCUGGCUCAGUGCCCCCCGCAAACCAUCACUUAGGAAAAACGCUACCAGCUCCAGUGGGCACCACAACAGUAGAACAACAACAACAAGGACGGCGGAAUAAACCUGAGAUGCGCCAGGAGAUCAACUCUAAAGAGGUUAGCCCGGAUAAAACUGUCACGUCCCCUUCUCUGGGCUGCACGCCUUCUUUUGACCAGCCUUCCUCCACUUCAGCUGCCGGUGUGAACGCCACUAGCAGCGGUUCGCAAUCACAUGGAGCAUCCAUCACAACACUGACUGCAUCUGGUCUGUCAACUUUGGCAGCUACGCCAGGCAGCAUCAGCACCACAACCAACCGGGGGUGUAAGGUUUCUUCAGGAACAGGUGAGGCGUCAACAGAGACUAACCCACCGAGGAGACGCAUUACCACGCCGCGGAGGAGCGCUUCUGCUCGGGUAAAGAGUUUGAACGGCGCCGCUGUAACGACAAGGAGGAACAGCAGCACACCGGUGUUGGAAAACGUUAGCUCUGUGGAUACAACUACACUAAACUCUACUCGGGCGGUGACAUCCGCUAUUAACACUUCCACUUUCACCGUCUCUAACGCUAGCCUCCCUGUAGGUCAGUCUGCUAUUGCACUGGACCGGGGGACUCCCACCAUCGCUUUGCAUAGACUUCCCAGUCACAUUGUGGCCAGCAUUGCCCAGAACGGCAACGGGACCAGUGUGUCGGCCUUGGUCCAGCAGGGCGCCCGUAUAGCACCCGUCACAACCUCAGCUUCACAGGACAACCACAGCAAAACGCUCACAGACACCGAGCCUUCCAAAACAGACGAUUGUCAGUCCAAAAUUGUAAUGUCAAGCCAGUCUGUCAAUUCUGUAAUAAACACUGUAUCUACUGCACCUUCAAUUGUCAUACCAACAUCAUCAACAACAACAGCAGCAGCAACUACCACCACCACAGUAACUCAGCCUCUGAGCUCUCCCACAACUGCUGCUUGUGUUACUGCAGUGGUGGCAACAAGUUCUGUUUGUGGAGCUGCUCAAACUACAUCAGUGACAACUACCACCAUCAGCAUGGUCAGACCCACAGCUGCCUCCCCAACACCUGCUGUGGCGGCCUCUGCUCAGUCUCAACCCCGUCCUGGACUCACAGCACCUCAAAGGAUUGUAGCCCCCCAGCUAAUUGUCAGACCACCUCAGCAGCAGACAACCAUUCAGCUGCCCCCUGGGUUUACCAUCCCACCAGGGAUGGUGUUGGUACGCACAGAGCUGGGCCAGCUGGUGAUGGUUCCUCAGCAGGCUUUGGCUCAAGCUCAGGCUCAGGCACAGGCACAGGCACAAGCCCAGAACAACAUCUCCCCACGACCUGCCACUCCCACAACAGGAGCAUCCUUCAGAGUCACUACUCCACAGUCUCCGGUGACCUCUCAAACCACCCGGCAGUGUUCUUUGACCCCGGCCAAGAUGGUACCGGCUGCCCCUCCAACUCCUUCCAGCCCCGCCCUCCAGACCUCCUCCUCUUCCUCUUCUUCUUCCUCCUCCUCCUCUUGUCCAGCACUCCGUCCAAAGGGCCCCGUGGCUCCAGCCGUGGCUGUGACGGCUCAACAGCAGACCCCCGUGGUUAUGGCCCCCCAGGCCCCAGCCCAGGCUGCCUCCCAGCCCGUUCAGCCUGCGCAGACGGGAAUCGCCGCAGCCCCUGGAGCUCCUGUCGUGUCCCAGGAAAUGCAAGAAAAUGUCAAGAAGUGUAAAAAUUUCCUGGCAACACUUAUCAAGCUGGCAUCUCACAACUCUCCGUCCCCUGAGACCUCCAAAAACGUCAAGGCUCUGGUGCAGGAUCUGCUGGAUGCCAAGAUCGAACCAGAGGAGUUCACCAGCCGGCUGCAGACAGAGCUCAAGUCGUCUCCACAGCCUUACCUGGUGCCUUUCCUUAAGAAGAGCCUCCCGGCCCUGAGGCUGUCUUUGCUGAAUAGUCAGCAGUCCCUGACCCAACCCCCUCAACAGGGAGUCAAACCAGCGCCCGGCGGCACCCCUCCUACCAUUGUGGCUGGGCCAGCUGUCCGCAUACGCCACCCCAACAGCGUCAGCACCACUACGGGUGCCAGUACGCUGCCCGGCGGGACGCUUGGACAUGCAGCUGCCAUGGGUAUAAAGACAGCAGGCACUGUUGGGGGCCAGGUUCGGAUGCCUGUUGUGAUCACACAGUCUGUCAGAGCACAAGGCACAUUGGGGAAAGGAGCCAUCAUCCAAGCAGGCAAAAGUCCCAUGGGCUUAGCUGUUCAGAUCUCUGGGAAUCAGAAAAACAAGCUCAACGACCCUGGAGGAGGCUCUUUCAGGGAUGAUGACGACAUCAAUGAUGUCGCCUCUAUGGCAGGGGUGAAUCUUAAUGAGGAGAGCGCCAGAAUACUCGCCACCAACUCUGAACUCGUGGGAACACAGAUCCGCUCAUGUAAAGACGAGGCCUUUCUCCACCCGGGACUGCUCCAUCGACGAAUUUUGGAAACAGCCAAGAAGUUUGGAGUCACAGAAGUCCCUAUGGAGGCAGUAACGUUCAUCUCACAUGCAACACAGUCACGGCUUCGUACUGUGGUAGAAAAAGUCUCGACCAUCGCACAGCACCGACUGGACUCCUGUAAGGACGAUGAGUGCUAUGAGCAGACUGCAGACGUUCGCUCUCAGCUUCGCUUCUUCGAACAGCUGGAAAGAAUGGAGAAGCAGAGGAAGGACGAGCAGGAGAGAGAGAUCCUUUUGAAAGCCGCUAAAAGUCGCUCCAGGCAAGAGGACCCAGAGCAAGCUCGACUGAAACAGAAAGCUAAGGAGAUGCAACAGCAGGAACUGGCCCAGAUGAGGCAGCGAGAUGCCAACCUUACAGCGUUAGCCGCCAUUGGACCCCGGAAAAAACGUAAAGUGGAUUCUCCAGGGGCCACUCCAUCAGGGACAGAGGUUUCAGGCAGCACGGCAGGCUCCCCAGCCAGCUCCUCCGCCCCGUCCACCUCAUCGCGCCAGUACACACGACAACGCAUCACCCGCGUCAACCUCAGGGACUUAAUUUUCUACAUGGAGCAGGAGAGAGAGACCGCCCACUCCCUCCUCCUUUACCGUGCCCUGCUCAAGUAGCCUCUGCUCCACUCGGCACCCACCUCAGCCUCCUCUUCCUCCUUCUUCCCCUUUGCCACGUGCCUUCAGAUCAGGUCUAAUUUUUCAGCUCUGUGUCUCCAUACGUACUGUAGUCACGUUUGAUGUAGCUUUUCGUAAGAAGAGAGAAAGAGGUAGAAAAACGUACAAAAAUAAAACUGUUGUUCCGUGUCUUCUUUGUUUAGAUUCACAACGUGUAGUUAGAUUGUUCGGUUCAAAGGCCAUAUCAGAUUCUUUGUGUUGAACUUAUUAAAGGAACAGAGUAGGUUUUGUUUCACGGGACUUUAUGCAGAACUUCCUCCAUGCACGUUGGGUGUCUAUUUAUUUGACGUCAAUGGCAGUAGCUUCAAUGAUCCACCUCAAAGAAAGGAUUAUUUUAGAGAGGGUAGGUAUUUUACAUGCCUCGAUACAGCCUAGGAUAUUCUCCACGACCUAUUUGUUGAACCUAGUUCAAUGAAUGUAGUUUAGCUAAACUUAAAAACAAGAGAUUUUACUGAUUUCUACACGAAGACAUCAUUUUAAAGAUUCCAAAUAACAGCGUCAUGCUCCUUAUGUGUAAAUAGUUCUUUUUGAAUUAUUUUACAGCAUGUAUAUUUUUUAUCACAUGUAAGCUUUGUAAGAAAAGGAAUAACCCAUGUGUCAAUACUAUAAAACCUGAUGUUUUGUAAAAUCAUGUGCUUUGAAUGAGUCAAAAUUAGACGGUUUAUUCUGUAGAGUAUUUGUUAUGAGACAGAGACCUCCACGACCCUUCUGCAAAGGUCUUUAAACACGAACCAUGAUGACUAAAGUUUCUGAUAGGUCACCCUUGUUGAGUGAGUCAGUAUUUUUAUUUUUACCCACAGAUAAUGUGAACAUUGUUUUUAUGACUAGAUGUUUGUAAGUUGUGUACGAUCAUGUGUACGAUCAUGCUCACUUCCUCUUGAAAUUACCUGGAUUUGUAGAGAUUUGUACGUGGUUUGGUGAUGAGGAGAAUGAAACUUUUAAACUACACAGACAUUCCUUCAUCUUUCACUCUCACCAUUCAAUCUGCGCUUUAAUAACUUUUUUGAAAUUUACAUUUCAACUGUAUUCAGUUUUGGCCUCCUAGAGCCCAUUUCAGCCCCAACUUACUGUAAAAUCCGGAAUAUAAGUCACCCUGGUAUAUAAGCUGCAGUCUGUUCUGGUGGCGUCUCCCAAAGGAAAAAUGGUAAAACUGUCUUCCUGUGUGAUGAUUUCCAUUUUCUUCAGCAGAGUUCACACCAUUCAGCUUCUGUGCAGCUGGGUCUCUCUCAGUAUCAUAUUUUUGCCAUAUGGAGUCUGCACUUCUACUAGCUAUAAUACGGUAGUUGGGCUCUCAGCCUGCAGUGAUUCUUGAGAGAUAGACUAACGGCUCACUGGCCCCCUUCACUUGAUACUUGAUGUCUUUAACCCCUUGAGACCUGAGAUUUAGCUUAGAAUGCAUUUUUGGUUUCUUCCUCUUGUUUGGGAUCAUUAGGACCUGGUAAGUUUUAAGGCUCAGCCUUGUCUUUGACAGUAAUGAGUUCUAACCAAAAGUGACGUCCACAAAUCUCCUGAAGGAAAUGCAAAAUGUUACUGUUGUUUGUUGGUCAGUGGGUCAGUUGUAGGGGGUUUUCAGUCAGUAAGAAAGGGUCUCACUCAUUGUGUUUCUGAUGAUGGACCACAAGGACUUGUUAGGGCCAAACAUGGACAAAAAAAUACACUAGAAGUUCCACAUUUCAUGGAAAAUGUCCAUUCUUUAUCAACAAAGAAUUCCUGAAAUUUUAAAGAAAUUACUUGAAAUUUCAGUGAAAAUUCUUGGAUCUUUUUAAAGUAUCCAUUACAGGUCUCACAUAAUUUUCCCAAGUGUUACAUUGAAACUUUAUCAUUAUGCCUAAACAUUUCAGUAGAAAAUUCAAUGUGAACUCCUGGAAAUGUCCAUAUCAAAUUCCCCUAAAUUACAUGAGAAUGAUGGAAAAUUCCCCCAAGCAUCAAACAAAUUACCUGAAAUUUCCAUGACAGGUUUUGAGAUUUUAAAGGGAAACCUCUACACAAAUACCCCAAAAUGUACAAAUAUAUUCCCAUAAUUAAUAUAAAAAUGCCUGAUAAUUUCCAAACUUUUCCCCAAAACUCCCAAACAAAUUUCCCAAAUUACCAUGAAACGUCAAAAAAAAAAAAAAAAAAAAAAAAAAAAAAAUCCCAAAAGUUCCAAAGAAAUUAAACAAAUUCCCUAAUAUAUUCUAUUCCAGUUCCUGCAUCUUUUUAAUUCACCUAAAUUUACAAAUAGAUGUCCCAAAAUUCCUUAAAAUUGAUGGAAAAUUUCCACAAACAAAGUAACUACAAUUCAACAGUUUUUGAGAUAUCAAAGGACACCCUCUACACACACACAAAUUCCCCAAAUUUCCAAACUUAUUCUAUUAAACAUCCAAACAAAUUUCCCCAAAUCCAAGGAAAAUGCAUAAAAGAAGUAAGCAAGGUUCCUUCAAAAGUUUCAAAUGAAGUCUUCAAGAUAUAAAAACAUUCCCAAAAUGUUCAUGAAAAUACUUGAAAAAUUCUGAACGUUUUCCCUAAAAUGUCCAAUUUCAGUGCCUGUAAAUUUCAUGACCAACUCCCCCACCAUUUUAAGCCAAUUAUGUAAACUUGAACAGACAUUAUCUCUUAAAUUCUAAUAGCAGAAAUUAUUUCCAUGUUGUAGGAAACCAGGAUGUAUGUAAUGUCCUCAUAUGUGAAUGAAGGGUCUCAGGAGGUUAAGUGGGGAGUGUUCUAUGUCAAGCAUGCACUCUGCAAUUACUUACGGUAUUCCCCCCAUUUUCUUUAAAUGCAAAAAUAUGAGCUAAUGCAGGAGAAAAGCGGGUAAAAAGUGGUGCUAAUCCCUGCUGGUUUGGUCUGUCGUCAUGUAUUCCAGCACACUCUGAGCAGUAAAGCCUCAUGCAAUACUCAAUGAAUGGGGUGAAAUAUCAGCUGUGUUGAGCCCAUGGAGUGUGCGAUGGUGGCAGCUGGAUACUCUUAAGGUGACAGGGCAUAUGUCUCAGCACUUAAUACUGGUGUAUUGGUCAAAAUGGUGUAUAGGACGUAGCCAGCUUUUUAGAUAAAAUACAGAUAUUAAAAGCGUGUCUUAUAAACCGGAUUUUAUGGUACUAUAAAAAAAAAGAAGAAAAUGAAUGCCCAGCACUUGUAAUUGUUUUUAUUUUGAUCCUAAAUUAAGAAGUGUUAAAUUAUAAAAGAAGUAUUUGACUCCUGCCUAGAUUGAUUUAAGACUUUCCUGUGCGUCUCAGUCAGUGUAUAACUUAUUCAAGAGAGGAUUGGGACAAAACGCCUGCUUUUACAUGUUGUAUUGUCGCCUUUAUCUUUCUUUCUUUCUUUUUUUACAAAUUCUUUUUGUAUUAUGUAUUGUUGUGUGUUCAGUUUUUUAUAUUUGACAAAAUAUCUUGGCCUCUAUGCAGCUUUUCUUGUCUUAUUGAAAUUUAUUUAAAUUUGAAACAACUGUUGUGCAUUUUACAUUUUGACAGCACUUUUUUUAAUAACUCUAUUAUCGACAACUGAGAGCUGUCACUGUAUUAUAGCAGAGAAAAAAAAUCACUCUUUGAAUUCCUAAAACAGUAUUUGCCAAUUUCUCUCAAGAGACUUAUUUUUAACAAUUAAUAUAUUUUAUUUCCCUUUUCCUUUUUUUGAUUGGCUUUUAUGCUUGGCACAUUUUCAUGAAUUUUAUCUCCAAAAGGAACAUGUUUGAAGAACAAGCACAACAAUAUCAAUUGUGGUGAUUCCAAACACUUUUAUUAGUAUUUUUAUGGUUUCUGGUGGUUUCACAGGAGGACAUUUCUACUACUACUACAGCUUUUUAGCCAAAAUAAUAGGACAAUAUUACUGAUAUAACUAGAUGGGGAAAUCACAUUUCAGUGUAAGGAUGAUUUGUAAAUAUUGUUUACAAAACUAUGUGUUUAUUAGAACCACGUUAUUUUUGGUAAACUCUUGUACAUAUCCUGAAAAUUUCCUGUUUGUGUGAAAAAACAAUACUUAUGUAUUUGUACCUAUUUUGUAAAGGAAUAAAUGAGCUGUUUACUAAACUGA